GCAAUAAGAAGCCGAUGCUCUCUGGUGAAAGUACAUUUACACACAGGGUUCAGUUGUGCCACCAGACGUGUUCAAAAUGAGUGACACCUCAGAGGAUGAUAAUGAGAUCUCCUUUAAAGUAAAGUUUCUUGGCCGCGUUGAGGUGGUCCGCCCUGAUGGACUACAGAUCCUGUCCGAAGCGGCUGAGAGCCUAAAGAUGCCAAAUCACUUCUCCUCAGAAAAGGCAGCGAAGAAGAGCAAAGUCCAUCUCUUCCUGUCACUGAGUGGAAUAGACGUGUUGGAAAGCGAAACCAAGUUUUUGUUGUACUCGUGUCCUCUGUCCACUAUUUCCUUCUGUGCCGUCCUGCCGUCUUCACCCAAAGUCUUUGGAUUUGUGGCCCGACACCCUGCAGCCGACAUGAACCACUGUUAUCUGUUCCAGAGCAAGAAGUUUUCUCACGUGCUGGUCUCAGUAAUCGGGGAUGCCUUCAGAGCUUCAAAAAAAGAGAAGAGCGUCAGGGGAGGAAGGGACCUGAUAGUGGAGGCCCUCAGACAUAAGAACAAAAUACUGCAAAGAGAGAAUGUUGAGCUGAGGAGGAUGCUUGCUGGACAGACCAACUAACUACAGCUACUAAUAUAUGCUGUUGCACUGAUUCACACAUAUACACAUGUUUAGUCUUGUGCUAAAUAUAAAAAGACAUAAUAAUACAGUGAUUAUUGCUUCAUAAAUAGUUACAGUACAGUAUAAUUGCAUGUUGGACCAUGUUUGAAAAUGUAUUGAUUAAUGUGUUGAUUAAUUUAUCUGCUAAAGGUAAGGCUCUUUUUCUUAAGUUGUUUUUUUUCACUUACUCCUCCAUUUGAGUUAAAGCAAGACCCAAAUGUCACUAAAUUUGUAUAUUUUAUUACAAGUUGAAACUGCAAUUUGGGGCGAAAUCAUACUAAUAAAUGGAG